ACGGUAUGUUUUGUGCAACUUGUGUUCUAUCGGUGAAAGAAAAAGAUUUGCCAACACAGAAGGGGGAAAAGAGAAAAGUUAGGGUUUUAAAGCAGGAAUAGCCAGUGAUGCAUUGGAUUACAGAAGAUGUCACUCCACCAAAUGUUCCGCCAUCGCAACCACCAUCUUCGCAUCUAGAUGCCAAUCCUCCUUCAGAUAUCAUGUCAGAAGCGUUAUCAAGUAUGAGUUCUCUAAUCGGUAAGAAAAUGGCCUUGAUUUCCAUCUCAUCACCCUCAACCAAUUCUACUCCCAAGCGCAGCUAUCAACAGAUUUCCGAAGACACUGAGAUGGCUGUGGAUCAAUCUAGUUCUCCACCCCGAAAAAUCAUCAAACAAAGUACGGGGGGAAUUAUACAAUGUUGGUGGCAUAUCGUCUGUGGUUGUAACGUGAGAUACCGUAUCGACAAUAUCAAGUCCCAGAUUUUCAGAAUUUCAGCCGGAGAGACCAUUAUAGAGGUACCAUUUAGUAAGGAUUUCGUUCACUUCGACUGUCCCUGUGGGUACCGUGUUGAGUUAACUACCAAUGUGAGGAGACCAGUAAAGAAAACUAAGAAAAAGGUACGGAAGAAAUAUAAAUCCAAACCUAUUCGACAUUUAUGAUUAAUCUCUAUUUUUGAAUUUAACUGUGGAAUUAUCAACUGAACAUUAGUAUUAGCAUCUUCUUGUAAACUGAACACUAGAAUUAUCCCUGUCUCAAUCAACCUUUCUUAUUGUAAACCACUACUGUUAGCUUAACUCUUUGGAGCAUCG